GACUCCAACGGAUAUGCGAAUUAAUGUAGAUAAAUGUUCUAAAAAGCCCAACUGUGUCAAAGGUCACCUUUUAAUACUUGGUUGACCAAAACAAGUCCGUAACCUAUCCAUGAUUUAUCAUGCCUUUCCAAAAGUUAUCUACAAUUGAGUAAGAGACAUGUUCCUUAUAAAUAAUGCACAACAACACGGUAGUUUAUUGUUAAACUGUAAUGGAGCAAGUAGUGUUUUUAUUUGUGACAUGUGCGUUCGUCCUUUUAUCCGCUGCGGCGGCGCCCACCACAGAGGUCACUACGUGUACAGCAGAAACCACGGAUACCUCAGACGAGAGCAAGCAAGCAUCUGCUGCCAUAUUAAAGUUCAUAGAUCAGUCGGUGAAUCCUUGCGAUGAUUUUUAUCAAUUUGCAUGUGGUGGGUAUAUAAAAAGUAAGGAAAUUCCUCCCGACGAUGUUGAAGUGAGCCAAUUUCGCGACAUUAACAAUGUCGUUACCGAGCAACUACAUCAGUUACUCAAAGAACCGAUUGACAGUGAUGCGCCAAGGUGGUCAAAAAUCCCAAAACAGUUUUUCCAAGCGUGUGUCAACUCAGAAAAGAAAAACCAUGGGAUAAAAACGAUGAAGGCAUUGUUGAAGGAGGUCGGUGGUUGGCCGGCAGUUGAAGGUGAUCAUUGGAGUGGUGAUGAUUUUAAUUGGGAAGAGAUGAUUUACAAGUUUAGAAAACAUGGGUUCUUAACUUCGCAAUUUCUUGCGACAAUAGUCGAUAUUCAUCUUCGUAAUUCUUCAAUGCGCGUGAUCGCUAUCAAGCAACCUCGAACGCUUAUUAAUCGCGUAAACCUGGAGAAAGGAUUUGAUGAUAAAAUAGUACAGAGCUAUUAUAAAUUUUUGGUUGAUUUGGCAGUUGCUUUUGGUGCAAACAAGGAUAUGGCACUCGCAGAAAUGAAAGCUUUCGUAGAUUUUAUGAGGGAAAUAUCGCAAAUUAAGUUGCCACCUGAAAAACUUCGUAAUUUAACAGCACUAUCAAACGUUAUGACAGUGGAGGAAUUACAAAAACAGUUUCCUUACCUGAACUGGGUUGAGUACCUCACCAAGGUGGUUGGCCCCAACGUUGAAAUCACUGCGAAAGAUUUUGUUGACGUGAACAUGCCGACCUAUGUGACCAAUUUGGGAAUCUUAUUAAACAAAACUGAGAAAAGAGUGCUAGCGAACUAUGUUGUCACUCUAGCUGUAGAGUCGGGAUUACAGUUUUUAAGUAGUGAAAUCAGAGACCUUCAACUUGAGUUGAAAAAAGCGAGAACGGGUGUAUCAUCGGUUAUGGCUAAAUGGAAGGAAUGCAUAGGCGCGGUUUCAAGCCACCUAAACAUUGGGACUGCAGCUUUAUACGCUCGUAAACACUUUACCAAAGAAGCAAAGGCAAAUAUAGCAAAAUUAAUAACGGAUUUGCACGAGGAGUUCAUAGAUAUAUUGAAAGUAGUCGACUGGAUGGAUGAGGACACUAGAAACGAAGCUUUAACCAAAGCUAAACCUAUAAGGAAGCAUGUUGCUUACCCACAGGAACUCCUAGAUGACGACAUUCUAAAUGAAUAUUACAAAAGCCUGGAAUAUUCGGAUGACUAUUUACAUUUAGGUUUAAAUGUAAAUAAAUUUAGCUGGGAUAAACAGUCUGAAACCCUAUUUGAGCCGGUUGUUGCAAGCGAUUGGAAACAGCAAAGCAUCUCGCAUCAAGUUAAUGCUUUCUAUGAUUCAUCGGAUAACUCGAUAAUCAUACCUGCUGGAAUCUUACAAGGCGCAUUGUUCGGGCACGGCCGGCCGGACUAUAUGAAUUACGCUGGUAUUGGUUUCAUAGCUGGUCACGAGUUGACACACGGAUUUGAUGAUAGAGGAAAGCAGUUGAACAAAAUGGGAGAAUUAGAAACUUGGUGGAGUCCCGAAACCGAAAUUGCUUACACGGAAAAAGCUAAAUGCAUCAGGGACCAAUACAGCAGUUUCAAGUCGGAAAAGUUGGACGCGCAUGUGAACGGUAUUGUUACCCUGGGCGAAAAUAUUGCAGACAACGGUGGCCUUAAAAUUGCCUACCGGGCGUACGAAAAACAUCGCGGUUCUGAGAAGUGUCUUCCGAAUUUGGCGUAUACUCCCAAACAGCUAUUUUGGAUAAGUAUGGCAAACGUCUGGUGUACAAAGCAACGGGAGGAGCAAACGAAAAUGGAACUGUUGACGAGCGGUCAUACACCGUCGAUAUUUCGGGUGAACGGUGUUGUAACUAAUUCUAAAGACUUUGCCAGAGACUUUAAUUGUCCUGCAAACUCGAGAAUGAACCCUGAAAAGAAGUGCACGUUUUGGUAGUGUAAAAUAGAAACUUUUUUGCCUAAUUGAACAUUUACACGUAGCCAGAGAUUUUUAAAUUUAAUCUACUUAAAUCAAUGUAACAGAAUAAUCUACUUAACAACACGAAAUUAUAACGAUA